AUGGCAGCCAUAGAGGCAGCGCCGACAAUGGCCGAGUUCGAGUCGCUGGUGCGCGGAUCCAGCUUCUCAAGCACCACUCCCUCAACAGACGACAUGUCAUCCUCGUCGACCUCGGCGUUGAUGAGUUCGACGCCUCCAACCACAAUCUCGCCCGACAGCAUGUCUAUUGCCUCGGAGCCGGAUGCGCUUAAUAAGCUCCAGAGCGUUGCUGUGUCCAUCAUCGAGGCUAUCGGCUCGGGGUCCCAGACCAAGGAAGGCGAACAGGGCGAAUCCGGCCAACAGACACCCAUAGACCAUGACGCCAUUGUGGUCGCCGAACCUCUUGACACCGAACCUGCUUCAACCGCCAGGCCGCGACGAACUCGAUCCAGCUUACCGACAUAUAAUAUUGCGCUUCUCGACACCAAUGGUCUUGGCAGGCGACGGCCGAAGGGAAAUGCAGGACAGGACGGGAAACGCGGAACCAUCUCCGGCGUGGCCAUGGUGGAGGGUGACGGCGCGAAGGCGAACGAUUCAAUGGACGCCGUGGCGAGAGAAAGUCGGAUGUCUACGCGGAGGAGGAGCGACGCGUCAGGUGUCAGUCGGCCGGCCACGCGUGUCAGCAUGCCCAGAAGCGCGCGAAUCACCAAGGCAUCGUCGUCCAGCCCGGCGCUGGCCUAUUUGACGCGUCGCGCGACGCGUCUUUCGGGCGCCGCCGCCGAGACUCUCUCGACCAAGCUGUCGGCGCUCAGUAAGCGGGGCAAAAAAGCUGUCGACAAAGCACUGAGUGGGCUGCCUCUCGAGCUCAGGCGACUGCAAGACACGAACGAGUUUGCCCAUAUUGACACGCGCCCCGUCCGAUACACGGUCUGGAGCAAGGGAAAAUAUGUCGAGGUCGACCCCGCCCAAGCCACCACUGCCCCGGUACCCGAACCCCCCCGAACGAAGGCGAGGGUGGAGGAGGAUGAAGCUCCCGAGGCGCAGAGUGCCGAGCCCGAGAAGCGGGAUUCAGUGCCGCCGGCGGUCAAAAAGACACGCGUGAAGAAGUGGCUUGAGAAGGGUCUCUACGCGGGCCAGGAAGCACCUCUUGAUAUCUUUAGGGGCCUCACGGCUCAGGAGAAGAAGAAGCUUGCCUCUCUUCCGGAGCUAAUGCCGAGGGGCAAGCCUAACAAGACGUUCCCGGCGCCAAUGUACAACGGACUCCGUUUGCUCAUCCACGGCCGCGACUUCAAGCUGCCGUUUGACGUCUGCAACCCCCUGCCACCCGGACAGCCAAAGCCUGCCGCGUAUCGCACAAUGACCAAGAAUCGCUUCGUUGGCAACGCAGCGGCGUACUGGAAGAAGACGCCUCACUUUGAGGACUUCGCGUCCAAGUGUGUCUGCAAGCUCGAAGAUGGUUGCGGCGAGUCUUGCCAGAAUCGCAUCAUGCUGUAUGAGUGCGAUGAGACCAACUGUAACGUUGGCAAGGCUCACUGCACGAACCGGGCCUUCCAGGACCUCCAAGAGAGGACCAAAAAGGGCGGCCGGUAUCGCGUUGGCGUCGAGGUCUUCAAGACAGCUGACCGCGGCUACGGCGUUCGCAGCAACCGGUGUUUUGAGCCGAACCAGAUUAUCAUGGAGUACACGGGUGAAAUUAUCACUGAAGAAGAGUGCGAGCGGCGGAUGAACGAGGUGUACAAGGAUAAUGAGUGCUACUAUCUCAUGUCCUUCGACCAGAACAUGAUCAUUGACGCAACCACCGGUAGUAUCGCGCGGUUCGUCAACCAUUCGUGUUCGCCUAAUUGCCGGAUGAUUAAGUGGAUCGUGUCCGGUCAGCCACGCAUGGCCCUCUUCGCCGGAGACCGGCCAAUCAUGACGGGCGAGGAGCUCACGUACGACUACAACUUUGACCCUUUCUCAGCUAAGAACGUGCAGAAGUGCUUGUGUGGUAGUCCGAACUGCAGAGGCGUUCUCGGCCCGAAAUCUAAGGAGGUGAGGCAGCCCAAGUCGCCCAAGGAGGAUAACAAGGCCGUCAAGACGCCUUCCAAGGCUUCGGCAAAAGGUUCAGCUAAAGGCUCAGCUAAGAGCUCUGCCAAGGGCGCGGCAAAGACUUCGGCGAAGCGGAAGCUACAGGAUGCAUUCGACUUUGUUGGGGACGACGAGGAGGAUGCGACAGCAGUCAAGAAGCGAAAGAUUGUGGCAACGAACGGCGCCAAGCGGACAGUCUCCUCCAUCAGCAUAAAAGCGGGAAAGGGGUCGGCCAGCUCAAGCAUCUCGGUGGCCGCCAAGAAGACAGCGACGAAGACGACGAUCACCGCCACGACCCGACGGGCUAGUGCAGGAGGAGUGGCUAAAAAGACCUCGAGCAAGAAAACGACAACAACGAAAACCAAGGUUGUCGUCCCAUCCAGGAGUCCCAGCCUGACCAUCGUAGCUGCCGGCAUUGGCUCCUCCUCGACGUCGCCCACACCUCGCACACAGAAGACGGUGAAGCCGACCACGCCAGCUUCCUCGUCUUCCACCAAGAAGAGCACGGUUCCGAAGCUGACCCUCUCCAGCGGCAAGACGUCCUCGCGCAAGUGGACUCCCUCGCGCAAGGCUAUCGAGGCGGGUCUGGUGGUGGGGAAGAGUCCGGCGUCGUCUGUCACCGCUAAGAUGGCUACUACCACUAAGACGUCAAGCGGAAAGGGGUUGCACCUGAAGCAGACCAAGAUUAAGUUCGUCAGUGCUUCCAAGUCUUCCAAGUGA